AUGCACCCCACUGGAAUCAUGCUUGUUCCGGACUACCGUCAAAUCUCCGCGAAGUUCCGCAAGGAUUCAGAAUCUACAGGCCGCUCCCAGAAAGAUUUCCCGGAGGCUGCGACCUUCAACCUCAUGAACGGAUGCCGCGGCACGGUGUACGAGGAGGGCAACAACGUCACUACGUUGAAAGCGGGAGCUGACUUCGAUGUCAAGUGGAUCAUCCAGGCUCCCCACCCAGGCUAUAUGAAUGAAACUAUUCUAACAGUCGAUCCGUUCGCCCAGAAUGGCGGUGAGGAUGGAGCCACCGCCACUAUGCCUACUGAUACGUACCCAACGUGUGCCGAUAUCAUUGUGUCUGGCGGUGGUGCUGGAACCUCGACCACUACCAAGGAAACAACUGCUCCGACGGCGAUAUUCACUGCCCAGAUCACCCCUUCAGCGACCACUACUCCGACGGCUACAACGGCAACCCCCGAUGCUACCACCGCUCCAUCACCCGCGACGACGGCGCCGAGCUACUCUCCCUCUCAAGCUUCUGUCGCAGGUGAUUCGGAUACCAACAAAUGCUCCCGCCGUAUGCGUCGCCACUAG